AUGGUGUCGCCUUGGGUCGUGUGCAGUCUACUUGUGGUGAUGGGACCAGCAGUGGUUCACGCCGGUGACGAAUCAAUGAUCACGACUGAUGCGCAGGGUAACCUCGUUAUCAACGCCUCGUCAACAGGUGGAGAUAAACGAAUUUGGAUGAACGGAGUCGAUGUACUUCGGGAGCUGGCUGAGCUCCGCGAGAUCUUGCUGGACCACAAAACAACACCGACAACAUUGACCCCCAGCACCACGGCCGCUCCCACGAACGCGCCUGUGACGUAUACAGGCGAUAUCGGCUGUGGACUGGAGAACGUGCCCUCGGAUGUGACGCAUAUCUUGGGCAACGUCAGCCUGAUUUCGUGCCCCCUUCUGACAGCAAAUGAUCUCCUGCAAGCUUUUGGCAAGCUUGUUCAAGUGAGCGGGGACUUGACAAACAAUUACAACCUGACCAACGUGGACGGCCUGGGCAAUAUCACCAGCGUGGGCAGCUCCUUGAGCAUUGGUAACAAUGUCGCCCUGACCAACGUGGACGGCCUGGGCAAUAUCACCAGCGUUGGCGGCUACUUGAGCAUUCUAGUACGUUGUGGCAUGAGAGGGCAUGAAAUUGACGUGACGUGUGUGAACGAGGAGAGAAAUGCCGCCCUGACCAACGUGGAUGGCCUUGGCAGUAUCACCAGCAUUGGCGACUACUUAUACAUUGGUGUACGUUGUGGCAUGAGAGGAAAUGAAAUUGAUGUGUCGUGUGUGGAAGAGCAGGGCAAUGACGUCCUGACCAACGUGGACGGCCUGGGCAAUAUCACCAGCGUUGGUGACUACUUAUACAUUGGUGUACGUUGUCGCAUGAGAGGAAAUGAAAUUGAUGUGUCGUGUGUGGAAGAGCAGAACAAUGGCAACCUGACCAACGUGGACGGCCUUGGCAACAUCACCAGCGUUGGCGGGUAUUUGACCAUCUACAACAAUGACGCCUUGACCAACGUGGACGGCCUGGGCAAUAUCACCCGCGUUGGUGGCUACAUGAGCAUUGGUGUACGUUGUCGCAUGAGACGGCAUGAAAUUGAUGUGACGUGUGUGGAAGAGCAGGGCAAUGGCGCCCUGACCAACAUGGACGGCCUGGGCAAUAUCACCAGCGUGGGCAGCUCCUUGAGCAUUGGUGACAAUGGCAACCUGACCAACGUGGACGGCCUGGGCAAUAUCACCAGCGUUGGCGGCCACUUGAGCAUUCAAAACAAUGCCGCCCUGACCAACGUGGGCGGCCUUGGCAAUAUCACCAGCGUUGGCGGCGACUUAUACAUUGGUGUACGUUGUCGCAUGAGAGGGGAUGAAAUUGACGUGACGCGUGUGGACGAGGAGAGAAAUGCCGCCCUGACCAACGUGGACGGCCUUGGCAAUAUCACCAGCAUUGGCGACUACUUGAGCAUUGGUGUACGUUGUCGCAUGAGAGGGGAUGAAAUUGAUGUGACGUGUGUGGACGAGGACCGGGACAAUUGGAGAAAUGCCGCCCUGACCAACGUGGACGGCCUUGGCAGUAUCACCAGCGUGGGCGACUAUUUGAGCAUUGGUGUACGUUGUCGCAUGAGAGGGGAUGAAAUUGAUGUGACGUGUGUGAACGAGGACUGGGACAAUUGGAGAAAUGCCGCCCUGACCAACGUGGACGGCCUUGGCAGUAUCACCAGCGUGGGCGGCGCUUUGAGCAUUUGUAGAAAUGCCGCCCUGACCAACGUGGACGGCCUUGGCAGUAUCACCAGCGUGGGCGACUAUUUGAGCAUUGGUGUCCAACUCUCGCAUGAGAGGGGAUGA